AUGACCGCAGCGAUGAAGUACGGUGUCUACUUGGUGACAGGCCGCGACCUGUUGCCACUGGGCAAAGACUACUUGGAAAGCCUGGAGGAGUCAGUACGCGAUGGCUAUGUCUCAAUAGUACAGGUCAGAGAGAAGCAUGCGUCGUACGAUGAAUUCCUGGCUAUUGCCAAGGCAUCGCUGGCGAUUUGCGACAAGUACCGUGUCCAAAUGGUGAUCAAUGACAAUGUGGAUGUGGCAGCGGCACUUCCUGACCAUGUCGGCCUGCAUGUGGGUCAGGACGAUGCAAAGCUCUCCGAAGCGCGGCAACGUCUCGGCCCCCGUCGUCUGAUUGGCAUUUCUGUCCACUCGCCUGCCCAGGCCAGAGAGGCGCUGGAUAGCGAGGCAGAUUAUGCAGGUGUGGGUCCAGUAUGGCCUACGAAGUCCAAGGCUGGCAUUACUGAGGAGGAUGUGCUCUCGAUGUCGGGCGCUCGCGAGGUGGUGGCGCACUUAGCGCGCGAUCCAGCAACGCUACGGAGCGGUCAACGUGCACGUAUGCCAUGUGUCCUCAUUGGUGGUAUCAAUGUUCGCACGGCGCACCGCUCGCUCCAUGGUGCCACGUCGUCCCAAAAUCACCCGGAUGGCAUCGCUGUGAUCUCCGCGAUUGUAUCUCGUCGAGACGCCGAUGUGGCUGCAAAGGAAUUGCAUGACAUUGUGUCACAGUAUUUUGAAGAGCAGAAACGGGCCCAUGGAACUCUACCUGCUCUCUUGCAAGCGCCGCGUUUGGCCACAGAAGUGGCAGCGUUGCUUACAGCGCAUCAUACACGCUAUGAUCCAGUGCAGCAUGCGGACGAUGCAUCGAGCGUCACGUUACCUCGCCCGCUUCUCCAGGUUAUAACGUCGCAUGUGUCAUCGAACAUCAGUGCUAAUAUGGCACUGGCAUUCUCUGCGAGUCCGAUCAUGAGUCAUGAAGCGACGGAAGCCCGUGAUCUCAGUGCAGUGAUCUCUGCCUUGGUCCUGAAUAUCGGUACACUUUCACCCGCAUCGCGGGAAGGAAUGGCCGUAGCAGGCCCCUGUGCGAAUGAUCGAGGCGUGCCUAUCGUGUUGGACCCUGUCGGUGCAGGAGCUACGGCCCACCGUGCGGCCCAAGUGCAGUCGAUAUUAAACGAGACGCAAGUUACGUUGAUCAAGGGCAAUGCGGCGGAAAUCGGCGCGCUAUUGCACUCCAACGAAGCGAAGGCGCAAGGUGUGGACAGUGUAGGCGAGAUGCAGGCACCGAGCGAGGCCGUGCGGCGGUUGGCUCGCCAGGAAGGGGCGCUUGUGCUCAUGACAGGUAAAGUCGAUUAUUUGAGCGAUGGUGACGUAUGUGCGGAAGUACAUGGUGGUUCUGCCCUGCUUGGACGUAUUACAGCCACGGGAUGCUCGCUGGGUGUAGUUGUAGCAGCAGGCAUGGCGGCCGCCAAAGAACAGUACCAAGUCACGUUGCCGUCGGGGCCUGCUCAACGUAUGGACCCACCUCGUCGCCGCACGCCUUUGCUCGUCGGCGCCCUGAUGUCGCUUUUAGCCUUUGCACUUGCGGCUGAGCAAGCGGAAGCGCAGCCCCAUGUGCAUGGCCCAGGCACGUUCCUGCCAGCGUUCCUCGACGCGUUGGCUUCGCUUUCUCCCACCGACGUCGCUUCGAAGGUGGAGGCGCGUGUGCGCUUUGUCUAG